CAACAAAACCUUUCCUGCUCUUAUAAUAAUUAUUUCCUUAAAAACAUAAAAGGUUUUGUCGAUUUCCCAUAAUCACGACGUGAUGUUAUUUGUAGGCAACAACCAGGAAAUCUAGGUCCUUCUACGAGUUCAAACUAUUCGCGAAGAAAGGUUAAGAUAUCAUUGUCACGGUUGUUGAACCUAACAGUCUACCACCAGGUUCACUAGAAUUAUAAUAACGUGCGAAUAAUUGGUAGAUAAAGAUCACGAUAAGGUGGUUUUGACUAGCAUUCAAGGUCAAGUUCGGCUGAAGAAGUUUAUAACAGAAACGAGCUGGUUGUUCUGGUUUAGUAGUGCAGUGGUGUCCAGUGAGUGAAGUGAAUCAGAUGAGACAAUUUAUCUCUGCAUGACACUGGCACACCGGUAAAAUGAAACAAUUUAUAAAACAGGCGUUUGUAGUAAGUGGAGCAGCGCUGAACAUCGCCGGUCAUGGCUGUGCACACGGUUACCCAGCUGUGCUGUUCGCACAACUCAGCGACACGCGGCAUCCACUGCACCUUACAGCACACGACAUGUCAUGGAUAGCCUCAGCGGUAGGCGCCAUGGGUAUCGUCGGCAACUUCAUAUCACCCGUGUUGAUGUCGCGUUUCGGCCGACAGAAGGCGAACCUGAUCUCCAUCGUACCUGCUUUACUCGGCUGGAUAGUCUUCGUCCUAGCCAACAGUGUUCCCAUGUUCCUCAUAGCUAGGCUCCUACAUGGUCUAGCUUUAGGCCUAAGGACUCCUCUAGCAGCUAUCUUAGUAGCAGAAUACACGGACCCGAAAUACAGAGGCGCUUUCUUAGGAACGUUCGCUAUAUCUUUAGGUCUAGGGAUAUUUUUAUCCCAUCUUUGGGGAGCUCAUUUGACAUGGAAGGUGACUGCUAUGGUAUGUGCUGUUUUCCCAGUGAUAGCUUUAGGAAUUAUCAGUUUGUCACCAGAAUCACCAAGCUGGUUGGUGUCGAAGGGAAAAUAUGAUGAGGCGAAGAAAGCAUUUAGAUGGUUAAGAGGCAGUGGCGUGGAGCAACAAGCAGAAUUGGAAGCCAUGAUAGAGGCACAGAAAAGAGAAACGCGAGUUUCAGAAGAGAAACGCGUGGAGAAACGGUUUUUGAAGAGAUUCGUCGACUCUUUAAAAGAUGUGUUGAAGAUCUUCAGGAAAGUGGAGUUUUAUAAGCCUUCAAUAAUAGCUAUAAGCAUGUUGAUAGUAUUUGAGUUUGGAGGAGCUCAUAUGGUCCCAGCAUAUGGAAAUGAGAUCUUGAAAGCAGUUUUAGAUAAGGAAGACGCUAGCGAGGUAGUCUGGCAAUUCACUGUUAUCGAUUUACUUAGAACAGUGUGUGCAUUUUUUGCUAUAUUCCUUUUGAAAAUCUUUAAACGAAGAACAAUUCUGUUCACCAGCGGGCUUAUGACUGUGUUAUCUUUAACUUUAAUCUCAGUAUUUGUAUACUUAAGAAAAGCUGAUGUCUUCUCAAAUUCUUUGUUUUUAGACGCAGCUCCAAUGACAUUAAUGGUUCUUUAUACAUUAUCAUUUUGUUUAGGUUUAGUUCCAUUAACUUGGGUUAUAUGUGGUGAAGUAUUUCCAUUGGCUUAUAGAAGUUUAGGGUCUACUUUAUCUACGUCAUUCUUGACUCCAUCUUUCGUGGUGUCUAUGAAGACAGCUCCUCAUCUAUAUUCCUCGAUUGGAGUUCAAGGAGCUUUCUUAGUAUAUUCAGCUCUAUUAUCAGUGUGCCUUAUUAUAAUUUAUGCCUUAUUGCCAGAGACGAAAGAUCGAACUUUGCAAGACAUUGAAGAUAGCUUUAAAGGCAAACGGGAAAAGGAUGUAGAGUCUGAAAUGAGUCUUAUGCUGGGCAAAGAUAUGCUCAAGUGAAAGCUAUAAAAAAGAAAUAGUAACAACAAGACUACAAAUGCUCUUAUUGUAUAAUAACAUAAUAAUAAGUAAAUAUUAGGUCUCACCACAGACAUAAAAGAAAUUAUGUUUUCUAUGAGAUACAUAGUCUAUGUCCCUACCUGUUAUGCCUAUACAUAAAUUAAAUUUAAAUUGAUACAUGACAAGGACCUUACAGCAUUUUGAACUAGUUGCUACUUAGUUUUAAUUCAAACACUCAGAAAGAGUUAGGUACUUAUAUGUAGUAUGUAUAGGUAUGUAAUGUACCUACAUACAGG